AUCCCAGCAAUGAAGAGAAACUUUGUGGCAGUAGAAGAAGAUACUUUGGAUAAUCAUGGAGUCGCAUGGUGGAGAGGGCCGCUUCUUGGCAAAGGAGGCUCUGGGUCUGUUUAUCUCGCCUAUUUGAAGAAACCCAAAUCAAGAAACGCGUUUUAUCGGCGUGUUAUGGCUGUUAAAUCGGCGGAGGUCUCUUCAUCAAGUUUGCUUCAGAAGGAGAAAGAGGCUUUCAACCAUCUUCAUGACUGUCCCUACAUUCUUGAGUGUUAUGGUGAGGAAACUACUGUGAGUAAGAAUGGACAGAUGGUCUACAAUCUGUUGCUGGAGUAUGCUUCUGGAGGAACCCUAGCUGAUCUUAUUAGGAUAUCGGGUGGUUGUGGAUUGCCUGAAUUGGAUGUGAAGAGAUACACAAGGUCUAUUCUUAAAGGCAUCGAUUAUAUCCAUAGCCAUUAUUAUGUUCAUCGUGACUUGAAGCCAGAGAAUGUGUUGCUUGUGCCUAGCGGGAGUGGUGACUUUGUGCCCAAGAUUGGAGAUUUUGGAUUGGCAAAGAAAGCUCAGAGGACCAAGAGGAGAAUGUUUGAUUCAUCUAUUGCAGGGACUAUCUUGUAUAUGGCGCCGGAGACUUUGGUUGAUAAUAUUCAGGAAUCUGCUUCUGAUAUUUGGGCUCUUGGAUGCAUAGUUUAUGAGAUGUUUACUGGGAAACCACUUUGGGGUUUGGACCCUAAUGAGUCAACUGAAGAACUCUUCAAAAGGAUUGUUGAUAGAUUUAAAUUACCUGAAAUUCCAUCUGGGAUCUCAAAGGAUGGAAAGGAUUUCUUGAAAAGAUGCCUAGUGAAGAAUCAUAAGUUCAGAUUCACUAUUGAGAUGUUACUGAAUCAUCCAUUUGUAUUAGGAACAUUAGAUGACAGAGAUGUUGCAGCAGAGAGUAAUUGCAGCGUGUUGUUAAGUUCCCUGAAACCACAGCUUCAAGAGUCUGAGGAAGUAAUUGGUAUUCAAGUUAAGAAACAGUUUGAUGGACAUCAACUUCAGCACUACACAAUUGGAACUGAAAAGAUUUGGGCAUAUGACUCUCAAGGAAUUGAAGAUGUGGUUUUCUUGCAACUGCAAAGAAUAUGGUCUAAAUUGGCCAAUGGAGCUGGAUUGGGCUACACAAUUCUGAUCUUGGAUUUCAUUAAAUGGAGCUUGCUUGUGUGA